GCUUUCGGUCAGCCUAGAUGUGCUGUAGUUUGGUGGAUCCGUUUAUUUUCUCUGUUCGCUUCAUUCGCAGCUAGCUAGCGCUUGUUCUAUUGUUUAGUGCAACAUAAGUUCAUAGUGUUCGCCGUCUGGCUAUCAGCGGAAAAGGAAGAUGAACCAAUUGUAGUGUUUUUGAAACUAGCGAUGCUUUCCCGCUUUCGUUCUUUGUUCUUGCUUGCACACGGAAUUUCCUCGCUAUGCUGAAAACUAACUACGCUCAUAACAGGAUAUAAAAAUAGUACAACUUCCGUUCUGUUGCUGAUUUGAUGUGCUUUGAUUCUUUAGGAAGAUGUGUCAUUGGAUUGUGGGUCCAAUUUAUUGGGCAGCAUAAAAGACGGCUUAUGGUUGUGCGCGAGACAAUACAGGAAGUGGAAUUUCAGUGCGGUCCGUUUAAUAACCGCUGCAGCAACUUGCCGGUGCAAAAAGGAAGUGGAAUCUAUUUGUCAGAGCUCACGGAAGACCGAUGAGUGAGAGCAGAAGAAAUCUUGAUAAAUUGAACCUAAACUUGCAGACGGGUCGGGCGGUGGUUGGUUUGGGCCGAAGUGGAAAAAGUGCAAUUUAUUUUAUGUUCAUAUCAGUUAUGUUUCUUUACUGUCAGCUGCUGGAAAAAAAAACAGAGUAGGCAUUUGACGAAAUUGUAAAGAAAAAAGCAAGCGACCUUCGUUAAACGCUGCUAUAUAGACAUAGGAGUAGCAGAUUCGUCGUUCUAUUAGACGUGAUUUAAGGAAAUAAGCGUGUUUUCAAGCAGUAAAAUGCAGUGCUGCCCCGAACGUGUUGGACGUGCAUAACUUAGCGUGUCAAUUUAUUUUACAACUAUAGCAAAUGUGAUUCAGGAGACAAACGGUCGGGCCUCAGAAAAUCCGCGAUCCGUGUGAGACAGAGAGAAAGAGCAGACAGCGGGUCUAAUCUAAACAAUCUCUAAUGGACUAGGCCUAUGCAGCUGCUCUCUGCUCGGAAGACAGAGCAUACAUAUGAACGCCUCCGGUCAAGUGUGACUGUUUUCGCGUGAGUGUUUGCGUUAGCGUUAGUGUCCAUGCACAACAACGAGAUGCAUUACACCUGGUGACAGCUGUGACAUCUACUUGGCGUACUUGGCGUACGGACAAGACUUUUCGUUCAACCUUCUUCAGCAGCGUAAAGUAACAAAUAAAAGUUGUUUGGCGAAACUAAUAAAUGCAACAACAUGACCGCGAGUGGUGAAUCUGCACGUCUUAAAGGAUUGCCUUUGAUGUAUUUGUACGUGUGUAAAGGCGUGAUUAAAGUAUUAAUUUGAACAUUUAGUUUUUUCUAAGCAUCCAAAUUAUACUCGCUGCGUUCGAAAAAAAAGGCUGUGCACCAUAGACGCCAAGAAGAUAUUGAAAUCAAUCCUAGUGCGAUGUGAGCGUAGAGUUGAAUGAAGUGUGUUUCCAAAGUGCUUUCAAGUGUGUAAACAAACAAGCGGAUCGUGAGCUAAGCCGUAAAGAUCAUCAGCAGCAAAAGAAGAACCUGUUGAUUGGAGGGCAAAUGCCCCACUCACUACCAGUGAAGCUGCUGGUGUUGUUCGGCAGUAUAGUUUAGAAGAAAAUUUCGAAUAGUGGUUCACUAGUUGCUCCCAGCUCAUCAAAAGUUUCUCUCCAGUUCUAUUAAUUUAUGGGAAAGGCGUGCUAAAGUGGCAGAAAUUAGGAAACAGCAGAAAAGAUGUUGGGAGCACUCAAGCGUCGAUGGAGGACCACGCGAAGAUCCGUAUCAGCUGAUAAUCAGUAUGAAGCAGAUCGGGAGGGAUCUAACGAAAUAAUUCCUCCCCCACGUUACGUUGAGUUCCUGAAAGCAGAGCGUGAUGAAAUUGUAAGUGAUACUAUCCUACCACCCAGGUACAUCGAAGUGCGCAAAGGGCGCAUAGUGCUUGAAACGCAGAAGGUUAUCGAUUCAGAUAAUAAGACUGAUGGCAGGGAUCCCUUUACACGGCUCGCUUUCGGGUCACCAACAUUACCUGAUCCACCUGAUGGCUACGAACGGCCCAUGGUGCGUAGUACACCUCAGUCACCGAUACACGAACGUGGCAAAUCGGGAAGCAUCGGAACUAACUGUUCGUCCCGAUCGGAUCCCUGUAAAAAUGCGGACCUGCUUGAAGCCCGAAUAGCUGAGCUAGAAGAUGCCUUACUUCGACUGCAAGAUAGAGUAAACCAAAGCCAAUGUAAUUCACCAACUCUUGAAAAGGAGAUAAAAGAGCAUUUGGAAAUAAUGAACAAAGUAAUCAAGACAAAGGAUAAAAAAUCAUUUCAAUCCUGCAAAGAACACAAAACGAUACAGGCUCGCUUCCAGCGUCAAGAAAAUAGUUUACUAAUCCUUCAGAACGAGAACAAAUCCCUACACCAAAGAGUGAAACAGUACGAAGCCUGUCUAGACGAUAUAAUGCGAAAAGUGGUAGAUGCCUUGGUGGCGGAAGACUGUUUGAGAGACGAAGUGUCUAUUUUGAAGAACCGCGUACGAGAUCUGGAAGCUCAGAAUGCGGCUCUCACCGCUAGUCCGGCAAAAAGUCGCGAUGAAGGUUAUUGUACUAUGAGUACCGGGCAGCCUCAGCCCACGCAAGAAGGCCACCUGGAGGAGCUGCCCGAGGAACCAGAACAGUGGCUUGUAUCGGCUGAACCGUGCACCGCCGAAAUGGAAGACUGGAGCAUGUCACAGGAAGAGCUGGCUACAGCCUUGGAGGAGGACAGUCAUGAAUGGAUCUGGAAUUCAAGCUUUCUUACUACGGCCGAGACGCAAACGGAAGACGUAUCUGCAUUAUUACAAGAGCAAAUUGUGUAUUCCGAAGACGAAGAAGUAGCAUGUACAAAUUUUACACGAGAUUUCUAUAGACUUGUAAGUAUAAAGUCUGAAAGCAAUCGAAGCCUACAGUCGCCUACGCCGGUGGACACUACGGCCAGCAGUAGCGACGAAAACGAAAGACUGACAAGCCCCACUCCUAGCGAGGCUGGCCAAGCUCAAGUUCAUAGUUGUUCCUCCAGUGAAUCGAGUGAUGUUAUCACGGAAAGACAUGAACCUCCGCUUCCUUCACCGCCACCUUCGCCCCAAAGACAUCCUGCCAAUAUUCAUCCGGCUGCAACGACAGAUCUGCUUCAGGACGUACUGAUCACUUGUCAUAAUAAACACAAUGUGCAGCAAAACAAUAGUAAAAUUCUCAGAGAUGGUACUCAAACAUCAUCUCCCACUUGGCGUCGAAGCAACGGAUGGAGACGGGUCCCUAGGAAUAAUCAUGAAACGCACAUCCCUGUUCCAAUCAAUUCAAAGGACCGUUUGAAAUCUCCACCACCUGUGCCCGUACGGAGACAUUGCGCUAGCUAGCCAUCUCUGUAUCUCGUAGACUAAACAUGUUUUAUACAGAAACUUAAAAGGUCUGACAGCGAUCAGGAAUUUGGAAACUAUUAUUCGUUACAGCAAUGACGCGAACUGUUUAGCUUUAGGCAUUAAAUUGUGAUAGUACGUUUAACAAAUAAUCAGAACAGUAUGAAUAGAAGCAUAUUGCACACGAUCACUGCCAAUUUCAUUGAAUUAACUGUAACUCAUAUCCUCAAGUUAGGGACAAUGUGUAGAACAUCAAUCAAAUUGCUGGACAAUAAGAAAAAGGCAAAUAAUCGAACCAAAAGCCACAGAAAAGCUGCUGCCUUGCGUUACGCGAUGUAACGCAAACGUAUUGCGCGUUAUAUAAACGAGGAGUAUGGUUGUGACCUUCGCUGAACUUGUGCAUGAACUUGAAUAUACUAAUGUUAUGGCGGUGUUUCUGAAGGUAGAUGAUAUGGAAAAGUUGUUACAGACAAUACACAUUUUCGAUCUUUUUAGACGUGAAAGUCAGUAGAUACUCAAAUUGAGUGAUAAAUGCAAUCGAGUAAUGUUUCAUUUUAUUUAACCAAGGUUUUUUUUCUAAUUGGCUAGUCUGACUAGUAUGCAUAUUCUAUUGGGAAACAAUCAAUUAUUGAGACGCAUAGAUGCAAGUGGCAAAUUGUUAUAUGGUUCUGUUUAUUCUUCAAUUUGGGCCCGGUUAAAUAUUACGAAAUGCGUGGCACGCCUUAUAUUUUUUUUAAAUAUAAGUAAAGUGUAUAAUGCGUGAGAAAAAUCACUUUUUUGCGUAACGUGAUAAAAGACCGAACUCUUUGUCAACUACAUUUGUCCCUUGAUUAAACUUUGCAUUGCUUGGUACGGUAAAGAACAAUCUGUCAGUAGUUUGCGUAUGGAAAGGUAGAAUAGAAAAGUACAAAUGGUCUGUUACGAAACAUGUAAUAGUAGCAAAAGGUAGCAAUGUUCGAAAAUCGAGUUUAAUUCCAUAUCCAACAUAACAAAUUUAAAAUGAAUUCAGGCCUUGAAGUUUUAAUCAUUUCAAUCAUGUCCCAAUGUUUUGUUUUUCGUUUGAAUGGCAAGCUAUUUGAAAACGAACAACUGUUCAUCUUCAAAUGCUCAAAAUGUACAAUUUUGUAAUAAAUCUGUUCAUAUGAAUCAUGUAUCAUAAAUCAUUAUGUAUCUUUGAAACUGACGAGCAUAUGUUUGUAUAUUUGUAUUUAUAAGAAAGCCAAAAUAUUAAAAUGGUUCUCAUAAAGUUUCACGGCAUACAAGGACAGGUGUAACUUAUUCGUUGUUUUAAUUAUACAAAUGUACUAAAUAUACAUUUUUUCUCUUGAAAAACCUAUUUAUGAUAACUAACAAUAACCAAAUGUUUAUACGAAGAUUGUAUGAAUAAUGAUAACUCGAUAAAAUUCUAGAA